AAAUAAAUGCUUAAUACGUAACGAGCUUGACACUUUAAAAAGCCGAACUAGACAUUUGACAAAAAUAUCAUCAGAUAUUCGGUAAAGUCAACUUGGAAAGUAGAAGAGUGAAAUGGCAUUUUAUCUGACAUGUAUUCUUUUGGUCGGUGCAUGCUGCGCAUAUUCAGACGCUGCGGUGCGCUUCGCCAACUACUACGCCAAUCACAUGGUUCUCCAGAAGGCUCCUGCCCAAGCACACAUCUGGGGAACUGGAGGAGCAGUCGGUCAAUCCGUAACAGUGGUCAUGGAUGGCAAGACAGUCGCCACUCUUGCCGCCAAUGACGCUGGCGUCUGGGAAGUAUUACUUCCGGCCACUGUUGCAGGAGGGCCACACAAUAUCUCUGUGACUUCCAAUGGAACCACGGUUUCGCUGCGUGAUGUAUUGUUUGGCGAUGUCUGGAUUUGCUCAGGGCAAAGCAACAUGGAGUACUCAAUGAAUGGGAUACAAAACUACUCGGCGUUAGUGACGACAGCCAUGCAGAGAAACAAUCUGCGGAUUUUCCGUUUAGAUCAUAACGCAGUGAACAGGCCGACAAAGGAACCUGCGAUUGUGUUUACAUGGCAGGCACCUGGUCAGGAUUGGCAAACGGAUUACUUCUCAGCUGUAUGCCUUAUAUUCGCCAUUGAACUGUCCCAAAAUCUUACCCAACCCUUCGGUAUGGUUGAGACCAACUGGGGAGGCACCCCCGUCGAGGCGUGGUCAUCACCCGAAGCGCUUGCCGCCUGCCCGCAGCAAAAAAAGAAACGAGCUAUGGAUCCAAAUCUUCCGAGCGUGUUGUACAACGGUAUGAUUGCGCCGAUAUUGCCAAUGACGAUAUUCGGGGCUAUCUGGUACCAAGGUGAAUCCAACGCUGGGAGACCGCAUUUAUACGCAUGCCAGUUCAAGGCGAUGAUAAGCGACUGGCGGACAAAAUUCCACCAGGCGUCCAAGAAUCAGACUAGCAACAUGUUCCCUUUUGGCUUUGUUCAGCUCGCGCCGUUUCGCAACACCACUAUUAAAGCUGGUUUCUCGGAUAUUCGCUGGGCACAGACGGCGGAAUAUGGUUACGUUCCAAACCCAACUCUUACAAACGUUUUUAUGGCCGUUGCUAUGGAUCUCCCUGACUACGACUCCCCGCAAGGCUCAAUCCACCCCCGCUACAAGGAGGACAUUGCCGCCCGCCUGGCCCUUGGUGCUCGUGGUGUUGCAUACGGUCAAAAGAACAUCGACUAUCAGGGACCUUUUCCCACCCGCUUCUCUCUAACUGGACAGAGAAUGACCAUCGAAUAUGACAACGGAAACAGCGACAUUGCUAUACGGACAACAAACGGCUUUGAGAUUUGCUGUGGACCCACUGAAAGCCAAGUGUGCCAAGCAACCGGGUGGAUAGCUGCUCCUAUAUCUGGACAUGGCCCUACCUCCGUUACACUUGACAAUUCCGGAUGUCAUGGCAACAGCCACAUCGUGGCGGGAGUCCGUUACGCAUGGGAGGAGAGUCCAUGUGACUUCAAGAAGUGCGCCGUGUAUGGACUGGGGACCAAUCUUCCGGCUCCACCCUUUGUUAAGAACGCUCCUUUUAAUUAAACCGAAUUAUAAUUGAAAGCGAAACAGUAAAUUGCGUUGCUUAUACAAUGUUUAUAUUGAUGUAAAUGAAACGUGCUUAUACAAUGUUUAUAUUGAUGUAAAUAAAACGUUUAUGCUAUCUUC